AUGGAAAUAGUGUCAACCGCACUUAGUCAAGCUCUAAAGUACUUUCAUUACUUCAUGUACAGCUCUGCGCAGUCUGGGUUCUUCUUUGUAAUGAACUGUAUAGUCGGUCUUUCAGCGCCAUUUUUCCAUCAGAAACUUGGUGUUUCUUUCGAAACGAUCAACUUGGUCAUAUGUGGUGUUUACCAAAUAGUCAUUCUCCUACUCCAACCAUUGAUUGGAAUGAUCUCAGAUUACUUCCCUCUUGUUCGUUUUAAAAGAAGAUUUUUAUUAGUAAUGGGAACAAUCACAUUAACUGUUGCGUUACCUUUAAUAGGGUUUUGCGACGUUAUUGGAAAAGCUAUUGAAAACGUUGAUAAUGACAACUCGAGUUCUAGUGUAGCUACUGGAUGCACGACGAUUGUUGGUGCUGUUAUAGGUUUUGUCUUUGUAUUCAUUGCUUCAAUUGGAUACUCUUUUAUUCAAUCCCCGAGUAGGGCUAUCAUCAUCGACAUAACACCAAAAGAAGAACAAAAUUCUGCAAAUUUCAUUGCUUCAAUGACUUCAGGUUUCUCUGCGGUGUUAUUCUACUUAAUAGCAGCCAUUUUCACGAUUUCACCAAAUUAUUAUCCUUCAAUGUUUCUCCUUUCCACUAUUGUCAUUGUACUGACAGUACUCAUAACGUGUCUCUUCGCUCACGAGAAGAAAAGUACUGAGAUCGAAAAUUUGGAAACAGAAAGUCCAGUAAACGAACAAAAGACCGAAAUCGAAAGAACGGGAUUUUCCGAAAACUCGAAAAUUAAUGAGAAUAUUGCACUUAUAUCAUCAACGAGUCCAGACAACACAAAUAAUAAUAAACUCACAAUGUUUGGGAGAAUCAAAGAGGUUUUAACACCAAAAAUACUAUUAUUAUACUUCUUGACAUUCUUGUCGAUGACUGCUUUCGGAGGAUUGGGUAUUAACAUCUGCAAUUUUUACUCAACUAAUUUAUACCAUGCAAGUCCUUGCGACGAAGAGUACAAUGUUGGUGUGUCGAUGGCAUUGUAUGGUAUGGCGAUCAUGUCCUUCUUCCAAAUGAUUUUCUCUGUUGUUCUACCCAUCCUGAAACACCAAAAUUUUGUGUUUGUGUUUUCUCUUGGUUUGGCAUGUGUGUCGUUUUGUGGGUAUAUUAUUAUUAAUGAGUUGCAACUGGAAGAAACAGCUAUGGACCCCUGGAUGCUCUUCUUCUCGUUUUUGUGUUGUGCGGGAAUUGGGAUGCUAGGCACAUGCUUAUACUCUAUUCCAUUCAUUUUGAUACACAAAUUAUCACAAAAGAACCACAUUGGUAUUGCUAUAUCAAUUUUAGUUUCAUUCUUACAACUUGGAAUAUCAUUUGCUGGAGUUGCGUUUACAAUGCUAUUACUCUUUUUCGAUUCUUUAGUCGUUGUGAUGUACUUUUCCGCAGUCGUCUCGUUCAUUGGAGCUGUUGCAGCAUUUUUCAUAUUAAGAUUUAUUAAUCCAAAUUGA